AUGAUCGCGGCGGGCGCGGGCAUCCGCACGGCCGCGGCCUUGUCGGGCAUGGCCCAGGAGCACGCGCGCGACAUGUUCGAGGACGACGCCGCCGUGGGCAUCGCGGAAGCGGGUAGCAUCCUCGGCCAGAUCGCUAUCAUCGAGGAGGUCACGGACCCGAUCCAGGCCUGCACGGUCUACUUCGAGAAGGCGCCGGCGACGUCGCGGAAGGCGCUCUACGCCUCCGCCCUCCAGUGGUUAGCGCGCUGCGCGUACGCCAUGCUGAACCGCCUCGGCCGGCAAACUGGGUCGUCCUUAAAGCGCGAGGAGUUCGACAUGGCCGUCGCGGCCAUCACGCGGCAGAUCUGCGGCUCGCGCCGCCAGGUCAUGCCGCGCGCCUUCCCCGACCUCCACUCGCGCUCCACGAUGACUCUCGUCGCCCUCGUCAACACGACGCAGUCGGGCGACACGAUGCUGCCCGUCCUGGUGGCCUUCACGGUCGAGACGUCCCGCGGCGAGCUGUGCACGAUGUACAACCAAUUCCGCUACGACGUCCACCGGUCCAUGCUGUACUGCCUGGCUGAGCACCUGGGGUUCGGCUUCGCCUCCCAAAACCACUUCGACGUCGUGGCGUCGAACCUCGGCAAGCGAUACCAAGCGGGACUCCGGCGUGGUUUGGUCAACGAAGGCUGUUAUUGGGGCUUCGAGGACGACAAGUCCAAUUUCGCGGUCUGGUACGGGAUACCAUACGCCAUCGUGGUAGGCGCGCCGGCGGACAUCGUCGCCCAGCUCAGCUCACCCCGCCACACCAAGGGCAUCCACCAGCUCCACGACCUCACCGACCGCUCCACGGUCUCUCUCAUCCUCGACGCCGCGAAGCGGGGCUCGCCGUGCUCCGCGCUCGAGAUGCUCCGCCUCUUGCGCGACCCGCGCGCGUACGCGACCGUAAAGGUGUAG